AUGAUCUCGCCGGAGCUCAGUUUCAACGUUUUGACGCGGGACCUGUCUCAUUAUCUGGAAAACCAAGUGAAAGUUGGUCUGCUGGACUCGGGAGUCGGACUCUCUCUGGUGCUCGGCUUCAGCGCGGCGUACACCUGCUAUUACCUCAUCUCCGUGGCCAAGAAGCCGCAGCUCAUUUCAGGAGGAAAAAAGUUCUACCAGUUCCUGCGUGAGCAAUGUCCCAUUGUGUCCGAGACCUACUACCCCACCUUCUGGUGCUGGGAGAGUCGCAUCCAAACUCUGCUCAGACCCUUUGUCACGGCCAAGCCUGGUGUGGUCUACAGGAAUGAGCUUAUUAAAGCGGCAGAUGGAGGACAGAUCUCCUUGGAUUGGUUUGACAAUGAUGACAGCCUGACUCAUCCCGACCCCGCUGCAAGACCCACUGUCCUCCUCCUGCCGGGGCUAACCGGCACCAGCCGGGAGUCUUACAUCCUGCACAUGGUUGAACAAAGUCGAGAUCUGGGCUAUAGAGCCGUGGUUUUCAACAACAGGGGUGUGUCAGGGGAAACGCUGCUGACACCUCGGACCUACUGCGCGGCCAACACAGAGGACCUGGAGACUGUCAUCGAGCACAUUCACUCGAGCUACCAGACUGCUCCCAUCAUGGCGGCGGGAGUGUCCAUGGGCGGAAUGAUGCUAGCUAACUACUUGGGGCGCAAGGGCCAGGAGACGUGCCUGAGAGGGGUGGUAGUGUUCUCGGCGGGCUGGGACGUGUUCGAGUGCACGGCGUCACUGGAAAAGCCUCUGGACCGCUUCCUCUUCAACUCCUACCUCACCAGCUGCCUGCAAGCCUCGGUGCACAGACACAGACCAGUGCUUGAAAAGUGUUACGACAUCGACCACGUUAUGAAGGCCAAAACAAUCCGAGAGUUCGACGAAAGGUUCACGUCCAUCAUGUUCGGCUAUGCCACCAACGACGACUACUACCGCGACGCCAGUCCCGUCCACAGGCUUAAGUCCGUACAGGUGCCCAUGCUGUGCCUCAACGCUGCCGACGACGUCUUUUCCCCAUCUCACGCCAUUCCUGUGGAGGCCGUGAAGCAGAAUCCCAACCUGGCCAUGCUCAUUACCUGCCACGGAGGCCAUAUUGGCUUCCUGGAGGGCCUGUGGCCAAGGAGGAGCACCUACAUGGACAGAGUCUUCCGCCAGUUCGCCCGUGCCGUCAUCGAGCAGGGCGGACGACUCAAAGAUCUCUCCUGA